AUGAGAUGCAAAGAAACAAAAGAAAGUGAAGUUCUAGAUGCAGAAAAAGAAGAUAAUAACAUUAAAGAAAAUAAAACGAAUAAUAUAAGAGACAAAGAAGAAGCAAGGUUUAGUUUGGUAGCAGCUAGAGCAAACGUUGUAUCAAAUGAAGAUAACUACGACAAGAUAGAAGGGUUAGCUGAUAAAGUGAAGGAUAAUUCCGACAGAGGUGAAGAAAAGUAUGACAGAAUAGAAGAUGAGGCAAAUUAUGUGAAAACCGCAAAAGAAGAAAGACGUGAUAUAACUGAAGAAAUAGAAGAUAAAGUAAAGGAUGAUACAGGUAUUGGAGAAGAAAUGACACAUAUAGUAAAUUACAAUAAUGCUCAAAAAGACAAAUUAAAAACUGUGAUGGAAAAACGUGAAAAAAUUCCACCGAAAACCUUUGAACCGUGCUGUGAUAAACUAAGUGAUAGAAUAUUCUUGCCAAAUCACAAAAACAACAGAAAACUUGGUGACAUAAAUUGCACCAUGUCUGCAGUGCACGAACGGGACCUCUCAUCGAAAACUCAACUUCCUCAAUCUGUGCUAAAAGAAUUUGCAAGGACAUACCAGGAACCUAAAUUUAUAGAUGACACAAUGAAUUCGAAUCAUAAACUAACAGAAUCAGGGUUGGAGAAAUUUAUGGAGUACACUCGUAACCAAGAAGACUCACUUUUUAAUUCUAUGAAUUCCAAACACGAUGGAAGUAUUCUUACUCAUAUUCAUCAGAAGCAGAUUUCUUACGCCCAUUCUGAAGGAUACCAUAGUUACGUUUCAAGUACAGACUCCACUUCUACUCCUUUUUUGGAUCGCUUGAGAAGAGAUAGCGAAGCGGCAGUUGGAAGUUCUAUCUCUUCCAACACUUGGGAUGAGCUAAAGCCUGAAGACUCAAAUAGUAGAAGUGAAGGAAGAGACAGUGUAGUUACUACAAGCUCCGGAAGUAUUUCUUCUAGUGAAACACUCAAAUGUCACGGUUCUAUGAGUGAUGUUUCUGUUACAUCCCAUAGUAGUUCUCGUAAUAACUCUAACAGUUCAACUAAACAAUUAAUAGCUCAUAGUGAGAGAGUUCAAACACCAAAAAGACAUCAUUCAGAAAGUGUGUUAUAUAUGGUUGAGGAAAAGGAAAGUUCUUUAAAAACCAGGGCAGGCAGAAAUUGUAACGUAAAUAAACUUAAAUUUUUCCCUUUAAACAAUUACAACACAUAUAUAGUACAGGAAAAUGAAAACCAAUCAGCUAAUAUCUCUAAAACUUCUAACCACAGGUUAUCACUAUCACUACAAUCAGAAUUAUCAGUGGCAGAUAGAGUAAGUGAAUUGGAAAAACAACAGAAAUAUUCAUAUUAUGAUCCAGAAAAAAAACAUAAAUUUCCUGAUCCUACACUUAAAGCUAUACAGAAGAAAGCUCUUUUGUCAUUUUACGAAAGACACAAUAAUCCCAACAAAAAUUAUUGGAUAUCAGAACCACAGCUUCCCCACACAAACCCCGUAUAUACCCAAUCUCUUUUAAAAUUAAAAACUCAAGUGGCGUCUAGACGAGCUUCAUCUGCCUCCGAUUAUGUGGCGAGUAACUCCAAAAGGAGUAGUUUGGCAUCUAAUAAAGAAAAGAUUGAUCUUAUAUCACAAACAGUUCCUAGACAUCAACAUAAUAAUUCAUGUGGAAGUUUAUCGACUGAUAUCUUAGGACCUAUUAUAGUAGGUUCAGCAAUAUCCGUUGACGACUACGUUCCAGAUCAACCACCUGAACGACCUCCGAAGCAUCCUAAUCUAAGAACCGCGUUUCCAGACUUAUUUUUAGACCAAAGGGUUCCUAGUCCAGAUUUACCACCUCCCUCCCCACCUACGGUUUUGGAAAAUGAAGUGUUUAAUAAUGAUGAACCUUUUCCCCCACCACCACCAGAAUGCAAAAGCGAUUGGCAGGAAGCAUUUAGUGAUACAGCAGAAAUUUGUACUGGAUAUCAAAUUCCCGCUUCACAAAUGCCUUCGGAGUUGGAAAUCAAAGUUAUUGAACAAACAGUAGUUUUAGUACAAGCAACCAGUAAAGUAGAGUAUAACUUAAUAAUAACUCCUGUUAUUUGA